AUGGAUCCUGUUGGUAAUACAAUCGGACUAUUACGUUUUGUGCUCAAUUCCUUCAGCCAAAUCCAACUGGCACGAGAAUUUGAAAGCGAAUUUGGAAGAUAUCAGCUAAAGCUUGAUCUGAUCCAGCUGCGCCUCUCUCGAUGGGGUGAAAUCGUCAAGUUCAACAACAAUAACAGCAUCGCAAGGGAACGUAUCCCAGCGCCUUCUGGUGGGUCUGGAAACCCAGGAAACCCAACGGGGAAUCCUACAGCUCUAGAUCUCGCAACGCCUAUCAAUGGAACAGAAGGCCUGGAAAAUCCAACAGGGGAUCCUACAACUGGAAUUCUCCUCGAAAUCCGAGACACCGUUGCCAAGGCUCAGAGAGACGCCAGGAAGAUAAAGAAUGGCUCCUCAUCAGACCAGCUUCUUGACGCUGAUGCAUGCAUCCCAGCUGAUCUCAGAGGAUUGCAUAAUCGCUUCAAAGGCCUCAUUGGUAGACGGACAUCUCAGACGGUCAAAGUGGUAGACGGUCUGAAAUGGGCUUUUUACAAACGAGACCACUUCGACAGAUUUAUCGCAGACAUUUCCUCUCUUACAGAUAAUCUGGAAGGUCUGUUACCUGAGGUUGAUAAGCAGAAACUCUGGAAACUCAGCAGCGAUGAGUGCAAAGGGAUCAACAAGCCCAACCUAGAGGAGCUGAAAGACAUUUCUUUUUCUCCGUUGGCACCUAUGCACACCAGAUUAGCCGCCUUCCGCUAUCGACGCCUUUCCGGUAUGCGCAGUACAUGA